AUGUUAACUCUGUUGAGUAUGUUUUACUAUAUUUGUCUGCGGCGACGCUCCAGGAGUGGGACUCGGGGUGAGGCACUGACCAGUCGGCGAGCGGUGGAGUCAGGUCAACGGGCGAUAUUGCCUGUCAGUGUGGAGGUGGAGCAGUACACCAAGGAAGUUUUGGACUUCAGCUCUCAUUAUGGCAGUGAGAAUAGUAUGUCCUACACCAUGUGGAACCUGGCUGGUGUACCUAAUGUUUACCCCAGCUCCGGGGAUUUUACACAGACUGCUGUAUUCAGAACUUAUGGAACAUGGUGGGAACAAUGUGCUAGCGCUCCGCCACGUUUCCGGCGCACCCCUAAAGGAUUUUACAGCCAGGAUUAUAUUGAAUUGGGCUUUGAAGAGCCUGUUUACCCUACAGCUGUGGAGGUGCUUGAGACCUAUUACCCUGGGGCGAUUAUCCAGAUUCUGGCCUGCUCGCAUAACCCCUUUUCCCAAAAUCCAACCACGGAUGUCAGGUGGGAGGUGUUGUGGUCAGGGGAGCCCACUAAGGUACUGGCACCCCAGGCUCGCCAGUUUUCACCCAACAUCAAGCACAUUAGUUUUCCUACCAACUUGCUACGCCUGGAGGUCAAUAGCUCUCUUCUGGAUUAUUAUACUGAGCUGGAUGCUGUCAUCCUUCGCGGAGUAAAAGAGAGGCCCAUGCUCGCGCUAUACAAAAUGCCCGUCAUCGACAUCAUUGACCUCAGUGACAGCGAGGAGGACCUUUCUGAUUUGGGAGGUCCAUUCAGACAGAAUGCAGAUAGCCGGACAGGCAAUGGCUACUUUGACAAACUACCCUAUGAGCUCAUUCAGCUUAUACUGAGCCACCUGACCUUGCCGGACCUGUGCCGUCUGGCCCAGAGCUGUAAGAUGCUUCACCAGCACUGUUGUGACCCGCUGCAGUACACCCAGCUGAGUUUGCAACCCUACUGGGCCAGGCUGAGUGACACCUCCUUGGGACACCUGCAGAGCCGCUGCACACGCCUCCAGAGGCUCAACCUUUCUUGGACUGGCAACCGUGGAGCUCUCACCCUGAAUAGCUUUAGCAGUUUCAUGAAGGUCUGUGGGCCCAGUCUGGUGAGUCUGGAACUGUCUUGCUGCCACUUUCUGAAUGAGGGCUGUUUGGAGGUUCUUGCACAGACUUGUCCAGGGCUGCAGGAGCUUAACCUAGCCUCCUGCGACCGUCUUCACCCACAGGCCUUCACACACAUUUCAAAGCUCACACGCCUACGCAGACUUGUGCUUUAUCGUACCAAGGUUGAGCAAACAGCUAUUCUUAGCAUCCUGACUUUCUGCAUCGAGUUGAAACAUUUGAACCUCGGGAGCUGUGUCAGGAUCGAAGACUAUGACGUUGUUGCUAGUAUGCUGGCUGCUCGGUGCCACUCACUAUGUUCACUGGACCUGUGGCGCUGCAGAAACCUGACAGAUAGGGGCCUGAAUGAGCUUGUGUCUGGCUGCAGAAUGUUAGAGGAGCUAGACUUGGGAUGGUGUCCCACACUGCAAAGCAGCACUGGAUGUUUCCAGCACCUCGCCCGCAGUUUACCACGCUUACGGAAACUCUUCCUCACAGCCAACCGCACAGUCCGUGACUCGGACAUAGAGGAAUUGGCCUCAAGUUGCCCCUUGCUACAACAUCUCGACAUACUGGGGACACGGCUUGUGAGUGCUGUCUCACUGAAGAAACUCCUCCAAUCGUGUCCACAGCUGCGCCUCUUGGAUGUUUCCUUCUGUGCCCAGAUAGACACGAGGAUAGCCCAAGAGCUAUCUGGCCUCUUCCCUAGUGUAGCCAUCAAGCGGAGUUUCACACACUAA